AUGAACGGGCUCCCAAAGGACACGUGUACUCAGCCGGCUGUGCUGUGUCUCCCUCUCCCAGUGUGCAAAUACGUCGCCGUGGAGCUGAAGUCAGCCUUUGAGGAAACUGGCAAGACCAAGGAGGUCCUUGACACAGGCUACGGCAUCCUGGACCGGAAGGCCUCCGGAGUCAAGUACACCAAGUCGGACUUACGCUUAAUCGAAGUCACCGAGACCAUUUGCAAGAGGCUCCUGGACUACAGCCUGCACAAGGAGCGGACCGGCAGCAACCGGUUUGCCAAGGGCAUGUCAGAGACUUUUGAGACGCUACACAACCUGGUACACAAAGGGGUCAAGGUGGUGAUGGACAUCCCCUACGAGCUGUGGAACGAGACCUCUGCAGAGGUGGCGGACCUCAAGAAGCAGUGCGACGUGCUGGUGGAGGAGUUUGAGGAGGUGAUCGAGGACUGGUACCGGAACCACCAGGAGCAGGACCUGACGCAGUUCCUCUGCGCCAACCACGUGCUGAAGGGCAAGGACACCAGUUGCCUAGCAGAGCAGUGGUCCGGCAAGAAGGGGGACACGGCCGCGCUGGGAGGGAAGAAGUCCAAGAAGAAGAGCAGCCGGGCCAAGGCAUCCGGUGGCAGCGGCAGCAAACAGAGGAAGGAGCUGGGAGACCCCGGCCCCGAGGAGGACGAGGGCAUCCAGCAGGCAUCUCCCCUCACACACAGCCCCCCUGAUGAGCUUUGAGCCUAACCUGGCAGCCCCUGAACCCAGACUCCUGACGUGGAGGUGGAAGAAUCUGGGGCCCGGCUCUGGCAGGCAAAUACAGCUCUCCCGGCCCCGGGUCCUCCCGGCCUCGCUGGGUCCUCUUCCUGGCGGGGAGAGGCACAGCUCUGGGAAGAACUGUGAUGGCUACGUCAGCCCACGCUGGCCUUUUCCCACUGCCAAGCAUUUCUCUCCUGGCAAGGCUUCAGGCAGGCCGUGCGGUGUGGGACUGCGAGAACUCGGUGUGAACUCAGGGCGGCAGGUGUCGCUGGGCCCCAGGACUGGAGCCCUCUGGACCCUGUGGGGCGGGCACGCCUGCCCCCAUCGGAAAGCAAGACUGCAGGCCCCACCCCCUCCUUUCUCUCAUCCUCCUGUGGACACCUUGUGCUCUGCCUGGCCCUCCCCAGGGUUCACAGAGUAAAAACCUUUUGGCCUUUUU